CGUACAUACGGACAGACGGGCAUGGCUCAAUCGACUUCGUUAUUGAUGCUGAUCAAAACCAAACGAUUCCUUCUACCUGUUACAUACUACAUUCGAAUCUAAUGCCCCUUUAAUUAACUAGUAAGCGGUAUGAAAACAUAUGUCACAGGCAGUGGGACAGAACCAUAAAAUUAAUAUAAGUCUGGAUAUAAAGGUUCUUGGGAAUAAUGUUGUGGAUAAGACUAACAAACCAGGCGAAAACGCCACAUAUGGUUUUAAAAAUAGGUGGUGCAAGUAAUAUGAAGCACACAUUGCGAACCAGACCGAAAGACCAAAACCAAAAACCAUGUUAACAUAUCAGGAGCUAGACACCGACAACGGCGUCAAAGGCGGAGUGGUGAAAUUUGAGCUGGAAUAUCCGGAGGAUCAGACGAUAGAGGUUCCGCUUCUGAUUGACAGCUAUGAUAACGAAAUAAACCAGCAUUCAGAGCUUGAGCAAUAUGAUUUUAAUGGGGAACCAGAGUGCUGCAACCGUCAACCGGGAUUCCGGGCCAAGCUUAAGGGCGCGUCAGCUCAGGAGGCCAAACAUAAAAUACUGCUCGCAAUUAUUUUGUGUUUCAUUUUUAUGACUAUUGAAUUCAUUGGUGGAUAUAUGGCAGGAAGCCUGGCCAUUAUGACGGAUGCAGCGCAUUUAGCAUCUGAUUGCGUUAGUUUCGUCAUCGCCAUAGUCGCAAUUUGGGUAGGUGGCCGACCACCGGACGGACAAAUGUCCUUUGGUUACAAACGCUUCGAGGUCAUCGGAGCUUUGUCAUCCAUACUGGGUAUUUGGCUACUAACCACUUUACUCGUGGUCUUAGCCGUUCAGAGAAUCUACUCCCAGGACUUUGAGCUGGACGUCGAAAUGAUGAUGGUUAUAUCAGGCAUUGGCAUUGGCAUUAAUAUCAUAAUGAUGCUCGUUUUACAUGGCUCCUGGACUCAGAGCGACAUACGACACGGCCACAGCCACAAUCACGGAUCAUCCCGUAGCCAUCUCGACUCCUACUCUUUUCCGGCAGUAAGUAGCGAAAGUUUAGUAAUGACAGCGGCAGAGAAGUCAUCGAAGAUAACUGAACAAAAUUUAAGUGGGCGUAAUAUUGUUAUAAAAACGUCGAGGAAACCAUUACAGAAGUCUGGGCUUACAAAAACACAACUGCCACACGUCGAGAAAAACUUUAAUCUGCGAGCAGCUAUGCUUCAUGUGAUUGGGGAUCUGGUGCAAAGUAUUGGCGUUUUCCUGGCCGCCAUCUUAAUAAAAUUUUACCCAAAUGCUAAAUAUGCAGAUCCAUUGUGCACUCUCCUUUUUUCAAUUAUUGUAAUUUUGACAACAGUCCAAUUAUUUCGGGAAUCUAUUGCUAUCCUCGUUAACGCAGUCCCACAAAACCUUAACCUGCGGACCUUGCAUUACGAGCUGAGCAGCCUAAAAGGUGUCAGAUCUGUGCACCACCUCAACGUGUGGCAGCAAGCCACUCAGCAAACCGUAAUGAUGGUCCAUCUCGCCAUAUACUCUCGAACUGACAGUACUGAGGUUCUGGAAGCGGCAACAGAGCUCAUCUCUGGCCCAAAAUACAAUAUCGACCAUGCAACCAUUCAAAUCGAGCAAGAAAAUACCAUCUUACCUUAAUAAUGAAAAGAAAUCAUCUGCAAAAAUUUCAAAUGUAUAUAUUUAUAAUUCUAUGGGUGUCAUUAUUAAUGCUACUUUUUGAUUCUAGUUUAUGAGAUGAUUUUUAUUUUCUGUAACCAAAUCCACACACCUAAAAAAAAUUGUGUUAAAUUUAAUAAAAUAAAAGAGC